AUGCCGGCCCCUUCGAAUACUCUGUUGAUCGAAGGCUCAUUCGCCGAGCUGGUCGACGAGCUUGCGCAAUACAUCGAUACUGUAUGCAAGUCCGAGGCAGGUUCCGGCGUCCAAAGUCAGAUUGCGCCUACGCUGGGGGAAAUUCGUGAGAAGGAGCAAGCAGAAGAGCCGGCCGAUCCAGCAUCCAUACAGACUCAGAAGGAUGAAGUGCUCAAGAAAGUUGUGGGCAAAGCUGCGGCGCUAAACACUGCACCAGAGAAGGAAUUCACGGCCGCCUAUAAUCUUCUCAUACACCUCUCCAACCAGUCACCAUCUCGUGAUAUGUUUCUCAAUCGAAUAUGCUCUUACCUCUCCGAACAGCCCGUCGCGUCCUCCGCUCAAUUUGGCCCAUCCCUAGCAUUGACCACUCUUACCACCAUUUUCAAUAUCCUACCCAACAACUCGGAAUCACGCUAUCAUGUCUUCAUGGCAAUCCUCAAAGUGAUCCGCUCAACUUCGAACAAUGCUGCCUUUGACGCCCUUACACCACAACUCAAUACAAAUGUACCCAAAUGGGUGGUGGCAUGGGAUCUAGACGACGAAGAUGCUCGUUCGUUACAUGUCGCAAUCGCCGAUGUCGCAGCAGCCAGUGGGGAUCAUGACAUGUCCUACAAAUAUCUGUUGCAUGGUCUCGAGACGAUACCAUCUGAUUCUGCCUCCGAAGCGGAAAGUCGCGAUCUUGCAAAACGAACGCUAGUAGCAGCACUUACCAACCCAACCAUAACCGACUUCAAUCCUCUGAUCGAUCGCGAGGCUAUUCAAGCACUUCGCGAUUCAGACUCUGGUCUCUUUGACCUUCUCAACAUAUUCGCCUCCGAUGAUUAUGCUGCAUAUACCGAAUUCCUCGAGUCCAACCCGCUUACAUCAAUAGAUUUGCCAGAAUCAGCUGCUGAAAUGCUAGAGACGAAGAUUCGAUUGCUGACGAUUGCAUCGCUAGCGGCAGGUGCUACAAACCGCAGCCUCCCCUAUUCGACCAUCUCAGAUGCACUUCAGAUUCCCAAGGAGGACGUGGAGAUGUGGAUGAUCGACGCCAUUCGUGCUGGUCUGGUAGAAGGGAAACUUUCGCAGCUGAAGCAGGAGUUCCUGGUCCAGCGAGCAACCUACAGAGUGUUCGGACCGAAACAGUGGAGUGAAAUCCAAGGGCGGUUGAUGGUCUGGCAACGAAGUUUGGAAGGAGUCUUGUCAUUAGUGAAAAGCGAAAGGGAGAAGUUUGAAAGAGAAGGUGCGGGCGGAGAUGACAUGCAGCAAAAUGGCGAGAGGAGAUUUGGAGGAUACAGGGGGCAGGGUGGCAGAGGAGGGAGGAAUCAGAACCAUCAACCGAGGGAAGUCGACUUUGUUGGCGGUGAUUGA